UUCGGCUUGGAGAAGAUCCCAAACUAAUCAGCCAAAAGCUAAAGCCAAUAAAUAGACUGUUCUCCUUCCGCUCUCCCCCAAAGUGCUAAUUAGAGAAAUGGAGGAUCUCACGUCCAUUGCUGCUACUGUCAGUUCUCUCUUGUUGUUCUUCUUGGUUUUGAGAGGAGUCUAUUGGGUUUGGUGGAAGCCCAUGUCGAUAGAGCGGCAGCUGAAGGCCCAAGGGAUAUUUGGAAGCCCUUACAAAUUGUUCUUUGGGGACUUGAAGGAGAUUGGGAGGUCCAUAGUCCUGGCAAGAUCCAUGGCCAUGGAGCCCAAUCAUCGGUUCAUCACCCGCGUCCUCCCCUUUGUUUCUCAACAAGUUCAACAAUUUGGUAAUAUCUGUUUCUUUUGGGUGUUCACAACUCCGAGGAUAAUCAUACAAGAUGCAGAACUGAUAAAGGAAGCUCUAGCAAACAAGUCUGGCCAGUUUCAGAAGUUACCUUUAUCUCCAUUUCGAAGAAUAUCGGCAGGGCUUUCUUCUUUGGAAGGGGAUAAAUGGUUCCAGCACAGGACCAUUCUUACUCCUGCAUUCCAUCUCACAAAGUUGAAGGGGAUGGUACCAGCAUUUUGUACUAGUUGCAGUGAGAUGAUCAAGAGGUGGAAGAAAUUGGUUGAUAACAAUGGAGUUUGUGAAUUAGAUGUACAAUCAGAACUAGAUGCUAUGACUGCAGAUGCCAUCUCUCGGACUGCAUUUGGAAGCAACUAUAUUGAGGGCAAAAAAAUCUUCGAGCUUCAGAAACAGCAGGUUGCUCUAAUGUUGAAGCCUACUAAGUUUCCAUAUAUACCUGGGUUCAGGUUCCUUCCAACAAAAGAUAACCGGAAAAGAUAUCAUCUCAGCAAGCAAAUUGAUGAAAUGCUAAGAGUCUUGAUUAAUAAGAAGAAGACAAUGAAACAUAAUGAGUGCGAACAUGAGGAUUUGUUGAGCUUGAUGCUGCGAUCAAACGAACAGCCAUAUGAGAAUGCAAAUGACAGAAAGCUUAAAGGAUUGACACUCCAAGAGGUGAUGGAGGAAUGCAAGUUAUUUUACUUUGCUGGCCAUGAGACCACUUGCGACUUGCUAACUUGGACAAUGGUACUCUUGUCGAUGCACGUGAAUUGGCAAAACCGAGCAAGGGAAGAAGUUAGAGAGAUUUGUGGUAGAACUUUUCCCAACUACGAAAACAUUAGCCAACUCAAGAUCGUUAACAUGAUAUUGCUUGAAGUCUUACGGUUAUAUCCACCGUUAACUGCUCAGUAUCGACACACUUACAACAAAACGAGACUGGGGGGGAUUUUACUUCCUGCAGGCGUUGAUAUUAUGUUACCAACACUCGCUAUACAUCAUGACUCCAAACUUUGGGGAAAAGACGCAGAAGAGUUCAACCCGGAGAGAUUCUCAAAGGGAGUCACAAAGGCUACAAACAACCAUUCUUCAUAUUUCCCUUUUGGCUGGGGACCGAAAAACUGCAUUGGGCAGAAUUUUGCAAUGAUAGAAGCAAAGACAUCUCUGGCAAUGAUAUUGCAGCAUUUUUCCUUUGAACUGUCACCCUCCUAUGUGCACUCUCCCGUUAGUAAUAUUACCAUUCAACCGCAGUAUGGAGCUCCAAUCAUCCUUCAUCAACUAUGAGGUUUUCUGGAUGUAAAGCUAUUUCUAUUGUGCUUGAUAUCUUUGAGUAAAAUAGGCAAUAAGCUAAGUCUAUUUUUACUUGGUAGAAGCUGAUUCUCAAGUUAUUCAUCAUUUUGUCAAUAUGAGAAACUCAGAACUGAUAUUAUAUAUUGAUCAUGUUGUUAGUUGUUACA